AUGCUCCCCACUUCCCUUCCUCCAUGCUCAGCACUCGCCUCCUCCACGCUCCUCACUCCCUUCCUCCAUUCUCCCCUCCACCACGCUCUACACUCCCCUCCUCCACACUCCCCACCUCCACGCUCCCUUCCCUCCACGCUCUACACCUCCCACCACGCACCCCACUCCCCUCCACCGCGCUCCCCACUCCCCUCCUCUUCCUCCACCACGCUCCCCCUCCCCUCCUCCACGCUCCCCUCCACCACCUCCACAGUCCCCCCUCCCUCCCUCCACCUCCCGUAUGCUCCCCAUUCUCCUCCUUCCCCUCCACGAUGCUCCCCACUCCCUUCCUCACGCUCCCCGCUCCCUCCACCACGCUUCACUCCACUCCUCCACACUCCCCACUCCCUUCCUCCAUGCCCCACUCCCUUCCUCCACGCUCCCCUCCACCAAAAUCCCCACUCCCUUCCUCCACGCUUCCCUCAACCCACUCUCCACUCCCCUCCUCCACGCUCCCCACCGCCAUGGUCCCUAAUCCCUUCCUCCACGCUCCCCACUCCCCUUCCUCCACGCUCCCCUCCAUCACGCUCCCCACUCCCCUCCACAUGCUCCCCAUCUCCAUGCUCCCCACCUCCAUGCUCCCCACUCCCCCUCCUUUCCUCCAUGCUCCCCUCCACCAUGUUCCCCACUCCCUUCCUCCACGCACGCUCCCCACUCCCCACUCCCCCCUUCCACUCCCCUCUUCCUCCACGCUCCCCCUCCCUUCCUCCAAGCUCCCCUCCACCACGCUCCCCACUCCCCUCCUCCACACUCCCCACUCCCAUUUCCUCCACGCUCCCCUCCACCACGCUCUUCACUCCCCUCCUCCACGCCCACCACUCCCUUCCUCCAUGCUCCCUCCACCACACUCCCCACUCCCUUCCUCCACGCUCCCCUCCACCACGCUCCCCACUCCCCUCCUCCACACUCCCCACUCCCCACUCCCUUCCUCACGCUCCCCACUCCCUCCUCCACGCUGCCCUCCACCACGCUCCCCACUCCCCUCCUCCACGCUCCCCUCCACCACGCUUCACACUCCCCUCGUCCAUACUCCCUUUCCCCACUAACCUCCCGAAUGCUCCCCAUUCCCCUUCCUCCACGCUCCCCUCCACCAUGCUCCCCACUCCCUUUCUCAACGCUCCUCGCUCCCCUCCACCGCGCUCUCCACUCCCCUCCUCCUCCACGCUGCCCUUUCCCUUCCUCCAUACUCCCCACUCCCCUCCACCACACUCCCCACUCCCCACCUCCACACUCCCCACUCCCUUCCUCCACCACGCUCUCCACGCUCCCCUCCACCACGCUCUCCACUCCCUUCCUCCACGCUCCCCACUCCCCUCCUCCACGCUCCCCUCCAUCACGCUCCCCACUCCCCUCAUCCACACUCCCCUCCUACACGCUCCUCACUCCCUUCCUCCAUGCUCCCCUCCACCACACUCUCCACUCCACUCCUCCACACUCCCCUCCUCCACGCCCCCACUCACCUUCCUCCAUUCUCCAUUCCUCCAUGGGGCGGCAGGGUAG